ACUAUACGCAUGGGUUGCCGAUGCAGAGCUCAGCACAAUCGCUUGGCAACGUAGCCUGGAAUGCUUUCAUCGCGGCUACCUGCACCAACGACACGAUCCGCGGUCAGAUUCUUGAUGCGGUCUGGAAUUAUGCGUCGUUCAACGGGACAUCGCUUCCGUUCGGCGCAGUGUACAAUGUCGAAUCUGGUGCCUACGUGGAUGGAACGUUGAGCCCCGCGUUAGGAGGCCUCUUCGCCCCGUUCUUGCGCAGCAAUACUAUCACUGGCUCCCCAUCUCCCACUCAGUCUGCAAGCUCCACGAAUCGCGGUAGCAAGGUCGACGUCGGCGCCAUAGCGGGCGGCGUCGUCGGGGGCGUCAUCGGCUUACUUGUGCUCGUCGGGCUUGUACUAUUGCUAUUCCGACACCGUCGGAACCAGAAGAACGUCGCCCUCCUCGACACUUCUGGUACGAGGACAGAGCCAACGCCCUUCGAGUCUGCGCCUGCUUUUUCGGCCCAGGCUCCGGGUGUCAUACUCACGGAAAAGCGGCGGCGGGAACUCGAGUCGCCGAGGGAAGGAGCGCCUCUGUUGCCUUCAACCGGCUCGUUUUCCGCCAUGGGCGACGAGCCUCCGUCUGGUAGCGCCACGGUUCCCUCUACGACGA